AUGUGUGAACAGACUGAAAUUAAUUAUUUGGAUGGAGAUGUAGUAUGGGUAAAGCUCGGCUCAUGUUGGUGGCCCGGGGAGGUGGUUGGCUCGGAGAAGCUACCACCAGAUGUCCUGCCUUCAUUUCGAAAACCACCAAUAGCUGUUGUCAAGUUCUUUCAAGAAGAUACUUAUGAAUAUGUGAAAAAUCUGAACUGCAUUUAUAAAUAUAAUUGCAGUCGCAAGAAUGAAUUCAUAAACAAAGGAUUAUAUAUGUAUAGAACAAAACAUGGGCAUAUGGAGAAGUUUCCUGAGGAUGUUAUACGAGCAGAAACUGCUGUAGGAGGGGACAUUAAAAUACUUACGAGGGAUGAAUUCCAGGAAACAAAGAAAGAAAGCUAUGCUGGACUAUUUGGAGACCCAUCUAAAAAAACUCCUACCUCUGGUAAAAAAGGAAGAGGUGGAAGAGGAAGACCUCCAGAUUCUUCAAAAUUUUCUACUCCCAACCAAAAGUUUAAAGAAAAAACAAACUAUAAAGUGCACAUCCUGCUGCAAGGUUCGAAGACACCAACUCAAGCCGAAAGUGUCUCUACUCCAUCAACUAGCCGGGCUGGUUCAGAGCCUUCAGAAAUACCAGAAAAACAAGAAAAUAAAAGUGAAGAAACAGAAAAAUCAGAAACAAACACCCAACAGGCAACCUUCAAUACACCUACCAUGUCUAGUGCAGGAAUUUAUGCAUGUCAUGCAUGCAACUUUACCACCACUCGCCUAAAUGUAUUAAUUUUACACAAUAAGACACAUAGUGUUACUUUUACGCCUUAUACACCAUCUCCUGUAAGAAAAAAGACCUCAAAAUCACUGAAAUCAACACCUGUUACAACAAAAACACCAAAACAGAAAAAGCCUCGCCAGGAAAAAUCUGACAAACCUAAGAAAACUCCGAGUAUCAAACGCACUGCAGAUCCUGAAUCUAAUAUUGAAGUUAAGAAACAAAAAACGGACGAAGAAAUAAAAAGUAGUCUAUUAGCAGACUGGGAUGAUGGAGAUGAAGAAUCAAAUGAUGAUUCAGCUAUGGUCAUGGCGGGAUCUCCAGAAGUACCAAUAGCUGCUGAAUCUCCUGCAGUACCAACUCCUGCAGAGUUACCAAGUGCACAAGUUCCUGUAGAAUCUGUUAAACAAGUAGAAGAGCAACCUGAACCUGAAAAACCAGAAUCAUCUAGUGAUUCCAAAUAUGAAUUCUGUGAGGAUGAAGAUUGGCCAGUUGAAGCUGACAUUGGUAGAAAAAUUCCAAGAGUGAAAAAUCCGUCUAAACGAAAAGGGGAAACAAAAAGUGUUAGUAUUGAUGAAGACGAAAUAGCUAGAGAAGUUGCUGAAUUACUCAAUAAAACUACUUUACCAGAGCUACCUGCAGCCCCUGAACCUUUAAAAGUUGAGGAAAAUUUUCCGGAGCGUUCGAUAGUCAAAUCCCCAGAUAAAAAAAGUGACAUUCAAGAUCAAAAUCCAGUAGAAAAAAAAAGUUCAAAUGAACCACAGCCGUCUAAAACAAUAUUUAAGACAAAGACGUUUUUUCGUAGUCGACACUCAAGAAGCCAAGAUGCAAUAGGAAAAUAUGUUGCUGAACAAUUAAACGCUGCAGAAAGAAUGGAUAUCGCAGAUACAGAAAUUAAUGGAUCGGAUACACCCAUUCCUGAAAUAAGAGUUUCACCACCAAGAGAACAUGUGAAAGUUGCUCGUUUGGCACCAAAAGUUCAGUUUAAGAAAAUGAAAGCAGAGGCAGCACAACUUCGUGAACUAGAAAAAAUAAAUGCAGGAAAACUUAAAGAAGAACAAGACAGUACAUAUUCUAUUUCACCUGAAAAAUUAUAUUCUGAUAUAACAGAUAAUACUAUAGAAAAACAAAAUAUUCAAAACUUUAGUAUUGAAAAUAUUGCACAAAACGAAAAUAGAGAGGAUAACAACAAAGAUGUAACAAUAAAAAGUAGUAAAACAUGUAAUAAACAAAGUAUAGAUGAAAAUAUUAAUAAGGAAAAUAAUAUAAAUAACAAUGACACAGACAAUAAGAAAACAUUAUCUACAGAUGAAGUUAGUACAAAGUUAGAAAACAAUACUGCAUCAAAAUUGAAAGAAAAUGAACCUCCGAAAACUUAUGAGUCUUAUAUGAAUGAAACUACUGCAUCUGCAGUUGAUGCAUUAUUAAGUGUGUCACGCGAAACAGACAGAGUUACAAAAAAUAUAAGUGAUGAUCCUCCUGAGGACUUAUUUGAAGAUGAUAUCAAAGAUAAUACAUUAAACAGUUUAAAUGGAUUUAACAAUACCGAUAACCAAAGCAAUGGCUUAGAUGAGAGUGCAGAACGAAUCUCUAAAACAAAUCAACUUGAAGAAGAUGAUUUAAACAUAGUAAAAGAUAUAAAUAACGAAGCGAAAUCACAAAAUAUUGAUACGGCUUCAAAUUUAACACAAGGAAAAGAUGUCAUAGUUGAGGAAAUCAAUGAAGGAAAUCCUCUACAAAAAGAUAGUUCUGAAGAAUCUUCAAUUCAGAAUUUAGAGUCUAGUGAAAAUAAUAAAUCAGAAAUAAGCUUAAAAGAAACAAAAGAAGCGUUUUCCAUCGAUAGCAUGCCUUCUGAAUCAGAUUUGCAGAUAGCAGAAGCUCUCAUAAAUUUACCAACCACAACUAUGCAGAACAAAGUAGUCAUUGCUCUUCAUGCAGAUAGUGAUACUUUGAAAACUUCUGAGGAUACCACGGAUUACAUUAAAGAUAAUAUAUUUAAAGAUAAAAACGAAAAUACGACCUUGCCUGAUGCCACUAAUUCUAUUAAUACAGGUCACUCCGACGUGCAUAUUGAGGCAAAUAAUGAAAAUAUUAAUUCUAGGUUUGAGACAGAACAAGAAAAAAGUGAAAAUUUAAAUGCAGCUCAGUCUUUAGUUCAAAUGUCAGAAUCAAUUGAUCUUAAAAUAAAAAUACCUGAUAUUGAUUUGCCAAAUAAAGAAGUUCUAAACGUUGCGGCUAAAGAAAACGAUUUAAAAAUAAAGUCCAUAGAAUUAAAAACGCAACCAACAGUUAAAACAAAUGAAUUUGUUAGUGAUCUCAUAAAUCAUCAUAAGGUUGGGGAAAUUGAAACAAAUUCUCCGAAAUUAUUAAAAAUUCUAGAAGAACCAGUAUUACCUAAAUUGACUGCUAAGAAAACUAUUACUAAACAAAUAAUAGUUCCGGGAAAGGAGAAAAUUUUAAAUUUUGAUGUUGGAAAAUCACCAAUAAAAUCUAAAUCUCAAUCACCAAAACAAAAAAUCAUAGUACGUCGGACUGCACCAAAUAAAAAUUUGCUAAACAGGCUAACAGACGUGACUACACCUGACAAAAUAAUUUUAUCCCGCACUAAUAAACCCGGUCAAGAUGGAUCCUCUGUUCAAACAUAUACUAUACAAACAUCACCAGAGCCUGUAAGUGACGCCAAUACAAUUAUAAUUCAACAGAAAAUACGCAAAAUCACAAAACCAGUAACGAAAUUACAGAAAAUCAAACCCCAACCGCAAACAUCGCUUGUUACAGAGACAAAAACUAUUAGAGAUACUAAGAAUAAAGACGACAAUAUUUUUGAUAUAAAUUCUAUGCCCAUAGUAAUUUCUGAUGAUAUUUUAACGCCUGAAAGUAUUGAAAAAAUGCCCAUAGUGAUGUCGGAUGGUAAUGUAAUUACAAAUUCUAGUAACCCACCUAAACUUGUUAAGACUAAGUCAACGUUGAUCGAAAGUGAAAAGAUGCCAAUAAGCGCGACUCCAAAUAAAACUGAAAUAAAAACUUUACUAAUGAAUUCUAAUAACGAAAUAAAUAAAGUUACAACUCCUAAUAUUCUUUCAAAAUCGUCUAAAUUACGAGGUGCUAAGCCGAUGUUAGUGAUAGAUAAGACAACAGGAAAACAAAAAAUCAUAAUGACAAAAACGGAACCUACAGUGAAGGAAAUAAAACAGACACCCACAUUAAUACAGUCAGUUCCACAAAGUACUGCUAAGACGGAGAAGUUUAUAAUUCUACCUACACCAAGCUCGCCUCGGCCAGGCAGAACGCAAAAAAUUGUGAUUGACCCCCAAACUGGUAAAGCUCAUGUUCUAGUUGGAAAAGCACCAGAUACUCCGAUAAGUGUUGCUGACAAUAAACCUGUUUCAGCAAAACUUAUACCAUCAGCCUCAGAUGCUAGUACUCCGGGCAACACAGUAAUGAUCAUUACCAAUGCCCAAGGAGCUCAAUCAAGAAUAGUUCUUACUCCGGAACAUGAGAAAAUUUUGUUCCCCAAUAAGCAACAACCUAAUAUAUCACAGCUUAAAAAUUUAACUCAUCGCAUCACAGCUAACUCCGGAGCCGUUCAAAAAACUAUUGUAUCAACUGCGGUCGCAACGAAAACACAAACACGAAUCGUCCCUAAACAAAAAAGUGCUAUUAUUACUUCAAAAGGGCAAUUAAUCGUAGGUAACCGAAUUUCCACCACGACUCAAAAUAUAGCGCCAUUGCCAGAAAUAAGGCCAGCACCGAAACGAAUAUUAGCAACCGAACCUAAAAAGCUUGUACAAACUAUACAAAAAAGUUCUAACGAACCCCUCAUAUUUUUACAACAAAAAUCUGGAACGGUAAUGCAACUAACGGCGGCACAAUUCGAACAUUUACAACGAACCGGUCAGAUAAUACAAAAAGCACCUGCUCAGCAAGAAAAAAUCAUCGUUCAAAAAUCAGUUACACUUUCGUCAAAUGAAUCAGUAGUACCAACUAUCCAAAAACAAAGGAUAAGAAAGCAAGCCAGUGAAACACCAAUGCCGCCUAAGAGAAUAAAACACGAAAUAGCCAUAGCCCCAGCUCCAACGCCAGUGUCUAUGCCGGCUCUAGCUCCCAUAUCUAAUACAAUCGCUCCUCCACAAGUACCAAACGUUUCAAGCACUACAAAUAAUGCGACCGUUUCAAAUUAUUCCGAUAUGGAUAAUUUUGAAGAAUUAUUACCUUCGACAGCGAUCGCUAGACAAGAGCCAGUUUUGGCACAACCCGAACUCCCUACACAGCCUACUACCCCAGCCUCUCUCUCUGAUGGUCAACUGCUGGCAGUUCCUGGAGAACAUUUUGGGGGACCUGCAGGAUCAUUUUAUCUUUGUGUUGAAGAGAACGGAACAUUUACAGUGAUUGACAAUCGUCCAUUGGUACUGGAAAAUAACCAGCUCGUACCGAUGCCUGAGCCGAUGCCGGUGUUGGCACCUGUGCCCGAGCGACGGGAUAUCUUAGAAGCUGCUCUUGCAAAUAGUGACGUGUUCCACGCUGAAACAGCACGUGAUGAAGCACCAGACUUUAGGGACUUGAAUGCUAAUGUUUCAGUCCACUGUCGGGUAUCAGAAACGAGUACAACACUAAAUCAGCCUAUAAUGACUCCAGUUGAAGUUCCUUCAAAAGGCGACAGUGAACCCACGGUGCCAUCAAACCUCGAAGAUGGGUUAGCUGUCAUCGGAGUGACCCCACAUACCGUACCCACGUCUCUCGAAUUACCCAUAACCGUAACUGAUCCUCGAAUAGCACCGAAAACCACGAACCCCUUGAGCAAUAAUAAUUACGGUACAUCACUACUACCUUCACCAAACACGGAAAUGACGUUCACAACCACUGAAGAUAUAUCGGUUGGUCCAAUAUCGAUGCCCCUUCUAACUGAAGAGGAAAGUGUGGGGAAAUCGAUGCCUAUACUCACAGAUGAGGUGAAUGAGAGAACUGUGUCCUCUGUGGAGUCAACCAUUGGGUCGCCUUCGUCCAUAGAUGUCAGAGAGUCUGAGAACGAGGACAGCGGGCAGUGGCCUCGGAGACUCCUAACUCCCUGCUCAGACACCUCAGAGACUUCAGCCGAAAUACCCUUACAACCCAUUAUGCAGUUAUCAGUGAAUGAUCUAUCUCAUAGCAGU